GGUGGCGCGCGGGACCGGGGCGGCGCGGAGCCGGGCGGGGGAGGGGGCGCGGGGAGCCCCCCGCCCCGCGAAGGAGGAGUCUGGCUCCCACUCGCAGUCUCGGCCGCGCGGCGCAGAGGCCCCCGCCCCUGCGCGCCGCCCUCGCGGGAGCCGGGCCCCCGCCGCCCUCCGCGCGCGCUGCUGCUCGCGGCCGCCGAAGAGGAGCCCGGGGCCAGUCUGUUUGCAGGUCUGGCGGGGGACCCGGCAGCGGCGACGGUAGUGGUGGCGGCAGCGGCGGCGGAGGGAGAUGCCCAGGCGGCCCACAGAGGUCCAUGUGGCGCCCUAGGUGGGAUGCUGGCAUCCUGAAGGCCGAGGCCCUGGCCCUGCUCCCCUGUGGCCUGGGCAUGGCGUUCUCCCAGUCACACGUGAUGGCCGCGCGGCGACAUCAGCAUGGCCGGCUCAUCAUCGAGGUGGAUGAGUACAGCUCCAACCCCACCCAGGCCUUCACCUUCUACAACAUCAACCAGGGCCGCUUCCAGCCACCGCACGUGCAGAUGGUGGACCCGGUGCCUCAUGAUGCCCCAAAGCCACCUGGCUACACACGCUUUGUCUGUGUUUCUGACACGCACUCAAGGACAGAUCCCAUCCAGAUGCCCUACGGUGACGUGCUGAUCCACGCCGGGGACUUCACGGAGCUGGGGCUCCCGAGCGAGGUGAAGAAGUUCAAUGAGUGGCUGGGCAGCCUGCCCUACGAGUACAAGAUCGUGAUUGCGGGCAACCACGAGCUGACCUUCGACCAGGAGUUCAUGGCUGACCUCAUCAAGCAGGACUUUUACUACUUCCCAUCUGUGUCCAAGUUGAAGCCGGAGAACUAUGAGAACGUGCAGUCACUGCUGACCAACUGCAUCUACCUGCAGGACUCGGAGGUCACGGUGCGUGGCUUCAGGAUCUACGGCUCCCCAUGGCAGCCCUGGUUCUAUGGCUGGGGAUUCAACCUCCCUCGAGGCCAAGCACUGCUGGAGAAGUGGAAUCUCAUCCCGGAAGGUGUUGAUAUCCUUAUAACUCACGGACCACCCCUGGGCUUUCUAGACUGGGUGCCCAAGAAGAUGCAGCGUGUGGGCUGCGUGGAGCUGCUCAACACGGUCCAGAGGCGAGUCCAGCCGAGGCUGCACGUCUUUGGCCACAUCCAUGAAGGGUACGGCGUCAUGGCAGAUGGGACCACCACCUAUGUGAACGCGUCCGUGUGCACUGUGAACUAUCAGCCCGUGAACCCUCCCAUAGUCAUUGAUCUCCCCACACCCCGGAACUCCUGACUGCUCCCCACUCCAGCUCUGCCUGCCCACGUCAGCUCCGUAUGUCUGGCUAAGAGCCUGGAUCCCUUAACCCACUUCCUCCCAUGCAGAACAGCCCAGACAGUCCAUCUGGCCACGGGACCAGCCAGCAAUGAGUAGAAUCCUUGGGAUUAAAGAAAUUGCCUUUGACUGUCAGCCUUCUGCCACCUGUAACUGGGGCCUUGAGCAGCUCCAGCGGAGGCACCAUGUUCACUUCUGUUUUCUGUGUGUACAUCUGUCCUUCAUUUCAGGGCCCAACAGGCCCGCAUCCACGUCCCUCUCUCACUUGGGAAAUGAUAGAAGCUCAGUUCGACGCCCUCCUGCUCCGAGAAGCCGCCACUCUUGGAUGGGAUUUGGGAAUUUUCAUACAAAAUGGCUUGCCACCCAAGUGCGUUUGGUGGCUUGUGAGCCCCCAAGGUUGGGGAUGAAGUGUGGCCUGGGCACAGACAGCCCUUCUCUGGCUGUAAGCCUGCCUCUUGUGUGCAGGGGUCUAGGAGUGUGCAGGGACAUCUCAGGAAUUCUGACAGGCCCUGGCCAGGCCUUCAGCAGUUGGCUUGGUUUAGUCCCUUUUCCUUCCUUAGGACCCAGCUGCUGAUGUGGACAAUGGCUGUGUGUCCCCAGCUUCUGCUCAGAGCCUGGAUUUGGGGUGCUGGUUCUUCCUGGUGGUCAGACCUUGCUGGUUUCUCAUCACACUGAGGCCAUCUUGGAUCCCCUGGGACCACAUUCCUCUGUAGAUCACAACAGCCAGGGGGUUCUGUGGGUUGAGGUCCUGUGCCCAGCCAUAUCCGUGCCCCAAUGUGUGUGGCACGCACACUCCUCCAAACCUAGCCUGGCUGUUAGUGUCCACGAUGGGCUCCAUUCCUUGAUGUGAUUUUUUUCCCCUUCAGAGGAUUCCAGGAUGCUUGUCAGUACCAUUGGUUACCGGGAGGUGGCGCAGUGACAGAGCUGCCCUGGGCACUGGUGGUGGCUGUGCCUCAGGCUACAGCCUUUCUUGAGUUAGGCCUGGGUGAGCCCAUCUGCAAGGGCAGAGCCAGGAGGCCCUAGGUCAGGGGGAGGCAGCAUCAGACACUGUCUACUUAAAAUGCCGAUAUUUGUUCUUUGUGGACUAUUUUUGCACUCAUUCUGAUUCUCAGUAACAUGUCACUGAAACAGUAUUGUCCCGACUCUUGAAGUUUUAUGCCCUCCACGUCAUGCAUCUGACAUGAGGGCCUCGCCUCCUUAGCCUGGCUCCAGCCUUGGGGACCAGCUAUCCUGGUACCUUCAUUUAGGAUCAUUUUGCUUUAUCUACAAUCAUUCCUGCAAUAUAGGAACUCUUGCCCUGUUAUAGAAAUGAGACCACUGAGGCCAGAGAGGUAAGGUCACUUGCCCGAGGAUGCACAGCACAAAAGGGGCAGCAAUGGGUUUUGGCUCUCCAUCUCUGGCCUCACAAGUGUCCCAUCACUGUCACCACCUACAGAACAGGGCAUGGGCUGAGACUCUUGCUUAACUUUGAAGGGUCCUGUUCAAAACUGGCUUUUGUUCAUUCUCAGACGAGGGUCCCUCAAACCAUAAGGAAUUCUGAGCUUUGAGCUUGGUAUCCCAGCAUCCUUCGAGACCCACUCUUGAGUCUUUCCCUGCAGGUGAAUGAGCCGGGCUCACGUGGCUCACUGUGGGUGAGGCUGUGUUCUCAGCCACCACUGGUGCCCUGCGCUGGCCAGGAGAGCUGUGCCCCACAGGCCACAGGGCUUCAGGAAUCUUGCUUAGGUCAAGUGAUCCCUUGACAUUUACAAGGUCUCUCUUCUGUGCCCAGAUGCAUGUCGUGUUUGGGGCAGAGAAAAUACAUCUCCUGUGUGGUGUCUCAGCUCCACGGUUUCUGUGUGGACCAAGAACUAUUAAAAAAAAAAAGAAAAGAAAAAAAAGAAAAAAAGAAAGAAA